AUGUCGUCCAAGCACUUCGUCAACGAGCCUCUGGCUCUCGUCAAUGCCGCUCUGCGCUCGGCCACAUACACCAACCCCUCCGUCGCCUUUGACGCCGCGCAAAAGACCGUCUUCCUCCGCGAUGCCGCGACCCAGCCCACCGUCGCCCUCAUCUCCGGAGGCGGUUCCGGCCACGAGCCGUCCUUUGCGGGCUUUGUCGGCAAGGGCUUCCUGACCGCUGCCGUUGCCGGCUCCGUCUUCGCCUCUCCGUCUGCCGAGCAGGUCUUCCGCGCAAUCCGUCGCGUGGGCGCAGAGCAGCCCCGGCGCGGUGUCCUGGUGCUCAUCAUGAACUACACCGGCGACAUGCUGCACUUUGGCAUGGCGGUGGAGAAGGCCCGCGCCGAGGGCAUCAAGACUGAGCUCCUGGUUGUGGGAGACGACGUUGGCGUUGGCCGGAAGCGCGGAGGGCGGAUCGGCAGGAGAGGUCUUGCUGGAACGGUUCUCGUGCAGAAGAUUGCCGCUGCCGCUGCUGCUCAGGGCCAAUCCCUCGAGCAGGUCUCCCAAAUUGCCAGCCUUGCUUCUGACAACCUGGCCACCGUCGGCGCCUCUCUAUCUCACGUCCAUGUCCCUGGCCGAGAAAUCACUCCUGACGAGCUUGGAGAUGAGAUUGAAAUCGGCAUGGGUAUCCACAACGAAGAGGGCUUCGGCCGUGUCAAGACAACCCUGAAAGGUCUUGUCGAGACUAUGCUCAAGCAGCUCCUCGACCAGUCCGACAGUGACCGCGCUUACAUCAACGUCAGGUCCGGAGAUGAAGUUGUUGUCAUGGUGAACAACCUUGGCGGCAUCAGCCCUCUUGAGCUUGGCGCCAUCACGACGGAGGUCAUCGACCAGCUCGAUGCCUCUUAUCAGAUCAAGCCGGCAAGGCUGCUCAGCGGCACUUACAUGACGAGCUUGAACGGCCUCGGAUUCAGCAUCACGAUUCUCAAGGCGACGGACAAGGCCAUCUUGCCUCUGAUCGAUGCUCCUGCCGACGCUGCUGGCUGGUCACCGGCGGUCAGUCCCGAGAACUGGGCCCGAGGCAUCGACACCACCAAGUCCGAGGUCAAGGAGGAUGCCCCAGCCGAGGACGAGUCAGCUCCCAGCAAUCUUGACUUGGACGCUGCUUUUACCACUGCCAAGCUGCAGUCAGCACUCAAGAGCCUCAUUGCCUCCGAGCACGAAAUCACCAAAUUCGACACCAUUGUCGGAGACGGCGACUGCGGACUCUGCCUCAAGACGGGCGCCGAAGCCGUGCUCAAGCACCUCGACAGCGUCUCUCCGUCAGGACAUCUCGACGUCGUUCGCUUCGUCCGAACCAUUGCCCAGGUCAUCGAGUCAAACAUGGACGGCACUUCGGGCGCCCUCUACGCCAUCUUCACCAACGCUCUGGCCUCGGGCCUCCAGGGCCGGUCCACCAGCCAAAAGACGACCGUCACCACAGAGACGUGGGCAACUGCCCUCCAGGCAGCCUUGAAGAGCUUGGCCAGGUACACGCCCGCUCAGCCCGGCGACCGCACCGUCGUGGAUGCGCUGGUGCCCUUUGUCAACACGCUCGCCGAGACGCUCAAUCUCGCUAGGGCCGUCGAGGCCGCUAAGAAAGGCUCAGACUCGACAAAGGGCAUGGAGGCCAGCUUGGGCCGAUCGGUCUACGUCAAUGCCGAGGGAUGGAACGAGUGCCCCGAUCCUGGCGCGCAUGGUCUGGUCAAGCUGCUGGAGGGCUUCCUGGUGUAG